ACUCCCGUCAAACUGCACUCGCAGUCGGGAUGAGGCCAUAUAACAUGGUAAAGAGCCACACACCUCACCCCAGCAGCGCGCGGAGAGAGAUAGAGGACAAAAACGUGACUAGGCAGCCUAAGAGCUGUUAUGCAACCGCUGACCUACUAACACAUAUUUCUCGAAAGGGAGCCGCAGAAACUGGAGCAAAGUGUCCGGUGGCGCACACAACACGUUGAGCAGAUCCCGAGCCAAGAGCCUGAACCAGCAUCCUGCCCCUCCACUGACUCAACCACAGCUCACCCGAAAACAUCGACCAGACGCGGACAACGCAACUUUUGGAAACGGUUUUCGUGGAGAAGUUUUUUUUUCCCUUUUUGCUCAGAGCGGAGAGGCAAACGAGGAAACGCGCGGAGCCAGACUGCUUUUGUGUCGUGGUGGAAGCGUGUGGAUGUUUCUCCUCCUCCCGGACAUGGAAAGUUAGUGGUGAGCAGCACACAGCGGCAGUGAAGUCCUCUGGGAGCGCUGAAGAAGACAGACUGACCUACAUCCUUUGUGCAAAGAGAGGCAGCCGCCCGACCGGAGCCAUCGCCCUCUAAAGAUUGGGAGAGGAGCUGAUAAACUCAAACUCACCUCAACACACAGGGGCCUCAUCUGAACUACCGUCACAAACAUUGGCUUAGUCUCAACUAAAAUAACACUCUAGCUCCUUUUUUCAUCAAGUUUCAUCCCCAAACUACGUCAAUGUACAAGGUUAUUCUGGAGUUCCACCUCUUUUUAAUCUUCUUGGCUAAUUUGGACACUUGAGUGUAAGAACAUUACAAACAGAAAUCAAUGAGGCUCUCCUUCCGUGGGGCACAAAUACCUCAUCAAGAAGUUUUUGCUGAUCCUGCAACAUAGGUUAAACUCAAAGUCAAACCAAGUAGUCGGCACAUAUAGUUACCUCUACCCCUCCCCCUUUGCCCCCCAGAGUCUCUCUGGCCUGGCCACAAGAUCAUGGAGAGUCUCAGUCUGCAUCUCUCUGCCACCAGCAACAAGAACACCAUGGAAGUGGACUCAUACUCCUACAGCGACAAUAUGCCCUCCCCAAGCCCAGACUCCUCAGGACGACGGCCCUCCAAAGGCUCCAACAAGCCCACCAUGACCUCGCGCCGCAAAAGGGAAUUCAUCUCUGAUGAAAAGAAAGAUGCUUCGUACUGGGAGAAGCGCCGGAAGAACAACGAGGCGGCCAAACGCUCAAGGGAGAAGCGUCGCAUGAACGACAUGGUGCUGGAGAACAGAGUGAUCGCUCUGAAUGAAGAGAACGUGAGGCUUAAGACGGAGCUGCUGCAGCUCAAGUUGCGCUUUGGCCUCAUCACUGCUGCAUCCUACAUGGAGAAGAGCCAGCAGAUCUCCAGUGGGGAGGCCACCAUCAACAGUAGCAGCGGUAAUAGUGCCACUGGGACCCCCAACAGUAACGCCUACCUCUCCAGCAGUGGCUACUCUAGUGCGUCCCAGGUCAUGAUGAACUCAGACUCCUCUGAAACGGAGCAGUCUAUCCGCGGGGACUGUCACAACUCCUUUCAAAAGUACUCCCCUCGAGGCUCUGUAUCCGACAUGUCCGAUGGAUCGUCCCGGGACAGCCCAGAGCCCAUGGGCUACAGCAUCAAGAAGGAGCCACCCAUGGACCUGGCUCGGCUGGAGAACAUCCCAAAUGGGAUUCCCAAUGGCACCUAUAGCACUGCUGUCCCCUCCCACCAGAGUGCGGUCAUGGCUGAAGGCCAACAGUGCCACAUGGAGAGGUCCAGCCCGGCCCCCCCAGCGCCCCCCGCCCAAAGGAGUGUGAUCCUGUACCGCUCCAGCAGUGGCUGUUACCCGCUGGAGCAGCCCGAGGAGCAAGGCAGACAGUCACACGGCUCCAAGUACAGCGACUGUUCCAUGACCAUUACAGAGGUGGCAGAGAAACUGGAGAGGACCAAAACCAUGGACUCCCCUCAGUACGAAUACAGCAAUGGGCAUGCGGAAGCAGAGGAGCUGCAGCGCUACAGCAGCCAACUGCAGCGCGAGAAGCAUUACAGUUACCAGGGGUCAGAAAAUGGUCUUCAGCCAAACCCCUUUGCCCCUGACCUCACCCACAACACUGAGGAGGGACGGUCCUCCUACCCACAGCACGCCUACCUCACCUCCCUGGACGAAGAGCCCCCAGUGCUCACGUAUGAGGGUGGUCCCAGGACAGAUGGGUUCUUCCAGGAGAACUCCUCGGGCAAAGACACGUCGUCCAGUGACGGCGACCCACGCAGCUCUGACAAAGAGGGCUCCACAGACGACGAGUCCCCCUCCUCUUCCUCCUCAGACAUCAGUAGCUACCACCAGAAGUCCACCAUCAUCAGCUCACAGGCAGAGAACCCCGCCGAGGUCAAAGCCACCGCACUACCCCAUAAACUGCGCCUCAAAUAUAGAGCUCUGUCUAAUGGAGGGGCACAGGAACCUGCUCCUGUGUCUAUGUCCCCUUCACCCACUCUUCCCCAGCACCCCUACCUGGCCCUCCCUGGGAACCCCCUCAGCCAUGCACUGGGGGACAGUAAAGACGAGAACCAGAUUGAGUACCCUGAAGAGGUUAAAACUCAGGCGAGCGAGCAUUUGGAGGCCAAGAAAGAGGGAGGAAAAAAGGGUUUUGGUGGUGGUCGCGGCGGACGCAGUAAGAAGCGAGACUGAAGACAACUGGGACAAGUUUGUAUUUGAUAACGGACAGUUCAAACACAGAAGGAGACAGUGUUCUGUGGUGUACGCAAUGUGAUAAAGUCAUGUUUUGUCAAAGGGUUGAAUAGGGAACAGCAGCACUCACACAGGUGUAGGACGUCCCUCAUCCGACCCUUUCACAAAAACACUUAAGCCUGGGAUUUCAACUUCAGUCUUCACUGUGUCACUUCUUUCCUGUCUUUCCUACCUCCCAAAACUAAGAUCACACAAAAGAGAAAGUUUUCUCUUGAGUCAGACAUGUACAGAUUAUUCACUAUUAACUGCCUUUGAGGCUCUAGCCAGCACUUACACAUCUACUGUGGCAUUAUAGGAACAUUCCUUCAACCAAAGAAAUGCAUCCGUUUAGUAAAACACUUUUGACGAGUCCCAUUGCUCCCUCUCAUCUGCACACAAGCCCCUUCACUUCUGAAGCACUUAGAUUGUACAAUACUGUGACAUAUGAAUUUGCAUAUACAAUUAUAUAUUUUAAGAAGAAAAACAUGGCAAAAACAACAAAAACAGAAUUGUGUAAUGCAGUCGUAGACUUAAAGUGAUUUGUUUGUUCUUAGUGAUACACCUUGUACAGUCCUUUAUCUAAAAUGCCUCAAAGAUUUUGUUUUUACUAAAACUGAAAGAAGAGCCACAACUUCGAAAAACAGUGUAUGAGGUGUUUUCCAACAGUCUUGAUCUGAUGACCAGUGAUCAGAUGACCAGAGCUUAAAAAGUCAAGGCCAGUUUUUCAUAUCAGUCAAGGCUAUGCAGAUGACAGAUGUUGGCUAGACCUGACAAGCACAAGGUAAGCCUUGUUAAGCUCCAUAAAUCAGACACAAAGAUUGUGUGUCUAAUAAAUGAAAUGCUCUUUAGUCACUACCAGCAAAGCUGCUUUCUUCAUGCGGUGCCUCUUAUUGUUUGUCCCUCGUCCCACAGUGAUCCCAAACGCCCCACACAUGCACUGAGUCUAGCUCCUGUAGCUGCAGUAUCAGUCUGUACACUUCCUGGUGCCUGCCUCUGGCCACAUGUAUAAAUGUAAAGUUGUCUAUCUCUUGUAUACUACUGUCAUUAUUUUAAUAUUAUUUUAUUAAUAUUGUUAUUUUCUAUUAUAAGUGAUUAUUAUUAUUUUGGCUAUUACUGUGUGUUUGUCAUCAUGUUGUGUCAUUUUGAUCGAUGCUCUUCCUUGUGCCGUGUAUUUACCCUAUGCCCCAGUUACCAUUUGUACUGUGUUACUGUAUAACCUACGCUGUUUGAUGAAAGAUGAAACAAAAAUGGAAAAAAGAGAAUAAGUAAGCCUUGUCCAGAAGUGAUUAUGUAAUGCGAUACUUCACGUGGAUAUGCAAAUGGUUACAAAAAACUCAUUUUGUAUUGUGAACGACUCAAAAUGGGAAAAAUAAAAAAAAAUGUUGAAUUU